GAUUGUUAAGUUUUCAAAUGUAAGCCGUGCCCAGGUUCCUACAACAGCAGGUGGCAUUCUGACAUCAGCAGAGGCUGAUGUUCCUUCAGGUACGGAGGAAACUCUAGACCAGACACCUGAAAAGAAUUCAGAGCCCAACCAAUGCCAUGAGCAGCGAAGACUUCGUGGAGCUGAAGAGUAGGACGGCCGCCAGAGCGGAGGGCUACAGCAACACUGGCUUCCAGAAUGAAGAUGACUUCGAUGAAAAAAAGAACACAUCAAGAAACAACAACUCACUAAGGUGUAGAGCUGUGCAAAACACCCAGCAGGACGAAGAGCAGGUCACCAUUGAGCAGGAUUCUUUAAGAAACAAAGAAGAUGUGGAGGAUGAUCCAGAGGCACAUCAAAAAGGGUAUCUGGAAAGGAAGUAUGAUACAGUUUGUGAUUUUUAUAAGAAACACAAAACCAUCCUUCAGUACAUCCUCUGGGGCAUCUUAAUAGUAGGUUACCUGGCAAUGGUGAUUGCAGCUUGUGCGCUGAACUUUCAUAGAGCCCUUCCCCUUUUCAUGAUCACCGUGGCUGUCAUCUUCUUUGUUGUCUGGGAUUACUUUAUGGCCAAAUAUGAGCAUCGAAUCAAUGAGUACCUAUCUCCUGGCAGAAGGCUCCUAAACAGCCAUUGGUUCUGGAUGAAGUGGGUGAUUUGGAGCUUACUGAUUCUGGGUGUUAUAUUCUGGCUCAUCUUGGACACCGCCAAACUGGGCCAACAGCAGCUGGUGUCCUUUGGUGGGCUCAUAAUGUACGUUAUCCUGGUAUUUAUAUUUUCCAAGCACCCAACCAAAGUUUACUGGAGGCCUGUCUUUUGGGGAAUUGGGUUACAGUUUCUUCUUGGGCUCUUAAUCCUAAGGACUGAACCUGGAUUUAUGGCUUUCGAAUGGUUGGGUAAACAAGUUCAAACCUUCUUGGAGUAUACUAACGCUGGGGCUGAAUUUGUCUUUGGUGAGACAUAUGCAGACCACUUCUUUGCAUUUAAGGUCCUGCCAAUCGUGGUUUUCUUCAGCACGGUCAUGUCCAUGCUCUACUACCUCGGGUUGAUGCAGUGGAUCAUUAGAAAGGUUGGAUGGGUAAUGCUAGUUACUAUGGGAUCAUCUCCUAUUGAAUCUGUAGUUGCUGCUGGCAAUAUAUUUGUUGGACAGACAGAGUCUCCGCUGCUGGUCCGACCCUACUUACCACACAUCACCAAGUCUGAACUCCAUGCAAUCAUGACUGCUGGGUUCUCUACCAUCGCUGGAAGUGUGUUAGGUGCAUACAUUUCUUUCGGGGUUUCAGCCUCCCACUUGUUAACUGCCUCAGUCAUGUCCGCACCUGCAUCAUUGGCUGUGGCUAAACUCUUUUGGCCUGAGAGGGAAACACCUAAAAUAACCCUCCAGAAUGCCAUGAAAAUGGAAAGUGGUGAUUCAAGGAACCUCCUAGAAGCCGCAACGCAGGGAGCAUCCUCAUCCAUCUCCCUAGUGGCAAACAUAGCUGUGAACUUGAUUGCCUUCCUGGCCCUGUUGUCUUUUUUGAAUGCGGCCCUGUCCUGGUUUGGAAACAUGUUUGACUACCCACAACUGAGUUUUGAGAUAAUAUGCUCCUACAUCUUCAUGCCCUUUUCCUUCAUGAUGGGAGUGGACUGGCAAGACAGCUUUAUGGUUGCCAAGCUCAUAGGCUAUAAGACAUUUUUCAAUGAAUUUGUGGCUUAUGAACACCUUUCAAAAUUGAUCAACUUAAGAAAAGAGGCUGGACCCAAAUUUGUGAAUGGUGUGCAGCAAUAUAUGUCAAUUCGUUCUGAGACAAUUGCCACUUAUGCUCUCUGUGGCUUUGCUAAUUUCGGUUCCCUAGGAAUAGUGAUCGGCGGACUCACAUCCAUGGCUCCUUCCAGAAAGCAUGAUAUCGCCUCAGGGGCAGUGAGAGCUCUGAUCGCUGGGACCGUCGCCUGCUUCAUGACAGCCUGCAUUGCAGGGAUGCUCUCCAGCACCCCAGUAGACAUCAACUGCCAUCUCAUUUUGGAGAAUGCCUUCAAUUCCAGUUUGCCUGCAAACACCACUGAGGUGGUAUCUUGUUGUCAAAGUCUAUUGAACAGCACUAUUGUCAAUGGUCCUGGUGACGUCAUCCCAGGAGGAAACCACACCUUGACUUCUUUAAGGGGCUGCUGCAUAUUGCUGACUCCACCAACACUGAACUGCAGUUGGAUCCCUAAUGCAUUUUGAGUUCAGCUACUUCUCCAACAGAACUCUAGGUACAGUUGCUGAAUUUUCUACUUUGGGGAGGAAAAGAAAAACUGUUCUUCACAGAUGGAAAGUCCCAUCAUGGAAUCAGCUUUCAUUGGAAAGAAGAAAAACAGGAAUGAACACUGCAGAUCUCCAGCAUCAUCCCCCUCUCCGGCCCUCCCUUCCCCAGACCCUUCCCCACUGACAACCACUAUGAUAUCUCAAGAUGUGUCUCCAGUCCCAGAGAUGUUUUCUGACCCUAGACUUUUAUGAUAGUUUGACCAGAAUACAGAUAUAAAUGGUUGCUCAUGACAACGGGACUAUGGCUCAGCCACACCCAGAGUGGCUCACUUCUCAAACAUCUCAGGAGAGGUCACUGCAUUCACCUGGACCUUGAAUCUCACAUGGAGAAUCGUUUAUCACCCAGUCAUUGCCUGCCCUGGGGAGGUCCUACAGAAAUCAAGAGUGCACCAGGAUUACAUUUAGACCAUUCUAAAACCAGGUUUUAAAUCCCAUGUGCUUAGUUAGACCAGUCAGCUUACCCCCAAACUAUGGUGUAAUAACAAAUAAGCCAAAAACCGUGGUGACUUACAAGUUUAUUUUUCCCCUCACACCAUAUGCUUAUGGAGGGUCGAUUUGGGCUGUAUUUCAUGUUGUCUUCACUUCCAGAACACAGGCUAAAGGAGCAGCCACUAUGUGGGGUAUACUGGGACAGGGGGGAAAGGUGGCCCUUAAAUUUUCUGCUAGGGAGAACCCUUCACUUCUACUACCUUCCAUUACCUGAAGUUAAUCAUAUGACAAGCACAAUGUCAAUGGUUAUGGAUGAAUUAUCCUGUCCUCCGGAGGGAUAGUGAGUAUUUUGAAGAAACAACAUGAUAUACUAUGUGGAUGCAUGAUUUCCAUGUCUCCCUUCAAUGUGUCAACAUGUUAUAGAGUGUAACUGAAAGCCUACUCAUGCAUAAAUUUGGUUAUGUUACUGGUGACAACACUGGAAAAUGGCACUACUUUUCAUUCAAAAGGCCACUUAAGGACCAUUUGAGAAGAGGAAUAAUUCCUGGUUAUUGAAACCCUUCCACCAAUACUUCCAUUAACCAGGAAAGAAUCCGCAUCAAAGUCGCUUACUGAGUAUCAAAGAAGAACCUUAAUGGGUUCUGAGAUUUGAUGUGUCAGAAGAAGAAUCCAGAGUCAAUGGCAGGGUGCUCUUUAAUGAAAUGCUCAUUGCCAAUUCUCUUAAUAGCUCAAAGACCACAUUGUGUGAGGAAACACAAAUACCAAUGACUGAGCCAAAAGGUGAUUCACAAGUAAGAAAAAAUGCGGGAAAAGGUUUGGGAAUACCUGAAGUAAUUUAUUUUAUUUAUGCUUUCUUUCUUGUUCAUGCACAAUUUUUUGAAAUAUAUAUGUAAAUAUCUUGGGGUGUGUGUGUGUGUGUGUGUGUGUGUGUGUGUGUGGCGGUGGUGGUAAAGGAUGAAAUUAAAUACCCAAAGGAUUCUUAAAUUUUUUUUAAUGUUUAUUUAUUUUUGACAGAGAAAGAGAGAGAGUGUGAGGGGGGGCAGGGGACAGAGAGAGAAGGAGACACAGAAUCCGAAGCAGGCUCCAGGCUCCAAGACCUGAGAGAAAGUCAGGCACUUAACCUACUGAACCACCCAGGUGCCCUGAAAAGACUCUUUAUCUUAAGUAUAAUAUACUAGGAUAUUUCUAACUAUUGAUCAUUUGUAUCAAAUUAUUCUUGGAACUCAUGUGCCCUUGCAAAAUUUAGACUUUAUUUUAGGAAAACAUAUUUGCAUGACUUUUCCCUCUGCUCUCUGUGUUUUUUGUGUCACCCUUCAUAAAAGCCCGUGAUGUAGUAUGUCAAGGGUGCCAGUUAUUCAUAUGUUGGUUCUCUCUGGUCUACUAUGACUAUUGUUUUUCUAACUCUUUUUUUCCUCAUUUUAAUUCUUUGUAUUUUCCUAUGUUGUUUUAUUCCUGACACUCUCUUCUUAUUCCUUCUCAAAGAGAUUUGUUGUUUCUAGCGUGCCUCUCUGGCCAACUAAUUUGCAAAGUCCGCCUGUUGCCAUUAUCGUUCUUUGGAUGUUGAUGGCUCUUCUCCACACUUUUUUAUUUCAAGGAAAACUUAAUCCUCACUGUCCUGUUUUUUCAAGUCUUCUUUUUUCAAGUGCAGAAUGUAAUAUCCAUUUGUAAUAAAAAGGGACAAACACACACAGACCUUUCUUCAAACACACAUAAGAGUGUUGAGGAGUUGUUGCUUCUACAUAGCUAGAAUGAGUCUACUUACAUAUCACCUUCAACUUCUUUUCACUUGGCAAUAUACUUUGGACAUUCCUACCAAGUUAUUAUAUAUAGUUCUAGCUCUAGCCUUCCCUUCCCACGUGUGUGUGUGUGUGUGUGUGUGUGUGUGUGUGUGUGUGUGUUUGGUGUGUCUGUGAGAGAGAGAGAGAGAGUUAAAUAUCUUAUUUUCUUUCUCCUUCCCUCCUCUUCCCUGUCUCUGGCCUACCACACAUGGGUAACCCUAGUUAGAUAACCUGAUAUAUAGCUUUCUGUACUUUCCUUUCACGUUCGGGUCAUAUUUUAUAAACAUAUCUAUCAUUGAGGAUUUUACCAUACUGGAGCUACUCACAUUUCUCUAUAGUUUACUUUUCUUCUAUAAUAUUUUGUGAAUUCAAGUCCACUGGCAAAACUUUAAUAAUUUUUUUCAAAGGCAUCAUAAUACUCUUUGACAUAUUAUGUAUCUGCAUUAACCACUCCGUUCAGGACAAGGAUCCACUUUGGGGGUUUGAUUUUGUUUGAGGACUACUUUGAAUCGUAUCUGCCCACUUACUUUGCAUAUUAGUGAUUUUAUUCUAUAGCAGUGUUAUCUGACAGAAGUAUAAUGGAAGUCACAUGUGAUAUAAAAUUUUCUAGUGACCACUUUAAAAAUGUACAAAGAAACUGGUAAGAUUAAUUUUAAUAAUGUAUUUGACCCAAUAUAUCCAUGAUAUUAUCAUUUUAAUGAAUUAUUUUAUGUUCUUUUUAUUGAACUAAGCCUUUAAAAUCUAGUAUAUAUUUUAUACCUAGAGCAUACACUAAGACACUAUAUUUUCAUUGGCAAUACUCGGUCUGUAUUUAGAUUCCAUAAAAUUUACAGUUGAAAAGGAAAUGCAUACACCCAAAUUGUUCCAAACACACUCAAAAACUUUCCAAUAACUGAAAUGAGUAUCAGUUGUUAAAGUAAAAUUUUAGUUCCUCAGUUCCACAUAUGAAAUAGUUCCACAAUUCAAUUAUUAGUAGCUACCAUAUUAGACAGUGCAAUUCUAUAAGAUGGUUUUCUAGGUCCACUAAAGUGCCACAUAUAUUUGGUGUUAGUAUAUGUUGCCAGAUUGCUUCUUGGAGAAAUAUGUUGUCUUGACUUUUACCUGCUUUGUGAUAUAAUCUUUCCAAUGUGUUUUAUUCAUCUACCUCUGUGUGUAGGUGUGAUAUUUCUUGUCAAAUGCUACAUGUUCACAUAAAUCUCAUGCGGAUUUCUUUUUUAAUACUUUCCAUCCUUGAACUGAGGAGGGCAUAUUAUUCCUGAGUCAUAUGAGAAAGAAUAAUAAGGGUAUGGACCAGACGAACGAGUUGGUGACCACUUUGGACUUGUUGCAUCCAGAAACCUUAUCAAUCCCCUGUCCAUGUUGAAUGGCUCGGGACUGGUUGAAAGUUUCCCUCCUCCCAGUGAAACCACUUCAUGGAAUUUUUGGUACAUGGUGAUGUCUCCACUCUUCUUUGGCAAACAUAAAAGUUAGAGGGCUGUUUGUUCCUCCUGGUUUGUCCUACACUAACCUACCCAUAGUCCUCUAAGAUGGCAAAGUUGGGACAUCUGUAUGCUUCCUAUAUGUUCAUUCAAUUGUUGUCUGAGGUCACUCAAUGCUGACAGCAUGUUGCUGUGAAUCUAUGCACCCCGAGCUUCUUUCAAGACAAGGCUGUGACAUCUAUUUUGAAGAAUUCUACACUCUGUCUAGUCUGCCCAUGAAAUUUGAAGUCCCCAGACUUCUCUCUGUGUCUAUCUUGACACCAAUACAGCUUUCACUAAUCUGAAAGCCCUUUUUUUCAAAUGUUUUUAUUUAGAUUUGAGGAGAGAGAGACAGAGAGAGAGAGAGAGAGAGAGAGAGAGAGCAAGUGGGGGAGGGGCAGAGAGAGAGGGAGACAGAAUCCAAAGCAGGCUCCAGGCCCUGAGCUGUCAGCACAAAGCCCUAUGUGGGGCUUGAACUCAUGAGCGGUGAGAUCAUGACCUAAGCCAAAGCUGGACACUUAACCAACUGAGCCAUCCAGGCGCCCCUGAAAGCCCUUUUUUAAACACAGUAUUGUGGGUCCAGCUAUGAGUAUUUCCUACUUUUAAUGAAAAUGAAAGUUUGCUUUUC